ACCACGGACUCCUCUGACCAGACUGGAGGGGAUUGUAGCUGAAAAGUGAAAAUGUUUAUUGGAUUCAUCAGUUAAGGAUGUGUAUGCUCAGCUUUUCCAUUUAUUUUUGAAGAUAAUUGCCAAUGCCUGCAUACCAGGUAACCGUGCUAUGGAUGAAUGCAGCUGACGAAGAUACCGUAGCAGACACGGUGGGUAAGCAGAGCUGAACUGCUGAAGUUCUUGUGGUGGAAAAGGAAAAGCUCCAACGAAACUUAUGAUAAUUCUGAAUGACUUGAGAGUUAGUGAGAGAAGUUACUGAAGUACCCGGAUCGGAUCACAGUUAUAGAAUCACCUUUUUCUACUGGCAACAUUUUUCAUUAAAAUAAGAUUAGAGAUAUGUUAAGUUGAAACUUUUUAAAGGACAUUAUAUAACAUAUUUAUAUAGGACUGAGAAAAUGAAUUGUUUCGAUGAAGUACUUCCAUUUGUAGAAAAUCCCCCAGCAUAUAAUCGAAGAGAUGAGCCAGAAGUUGGUUCCAAAUUUAUUUCUGAAGUAUGGUCCAAUAACCUCUCGAAUAACUCAAAUACAGACUUAAGUUUUAUUUCAGAAAACACAACAAGAACAGAGUCUUUUAAUCAAGUUUUGACAGAGAGCUGCAACCUACCUAAAGUAAACACAAUUCCCAUUGGACAUUCGACAGAUCCUGAUUCUAUAAAUAAUGACCAGCUACCCGAGCAUGGUGACUUCAUAUCCACAGUAAAAAUGUUAUCAGGAUCACCUUUGUUUUCCAAAGCCGAUGAUGCUCCUUGUGAUUCUUCUGGUUCCUAUCAUACAGCUAUAUGCUCUGAGAGCCUAGAAAAUCUCAGUGACUGUAGUGGAACAUUUGAGGAAAUUGAAGAACUUCCUAUAGACAAUGAUGAAAAUCAAGAUGUUUCUGAAAGUGGCAGGUCCCAGAUUUUAGCUGAUUCACAGAAAGAACAAAACAGUGACCUUUUAAAUAGAUCUAAAAAUGAGAACAGUUUAAAUGUUUGUUCAAUGGCACUUCAGUCCUAUCAUUGUGAAGGGCAAGAGCAAAUAUUUGUGAAUACGCAUAAAACUGAGUUGUGUGGACUAAAUGCUAAGGAGGAAGCCUGUGAAUUAAAUGGACAGCUGAAGCUUUGUAGAUUAGAAAGCAAGAAUGAGCCUGAUGUUAACUCUCAUCACAAAAAGGAUAAGAGGGCAAUUGUAACAAGUGUCGAUGAAAAGAAACCCUUCGAGUAUGAAACUACCUCUGGCCCUCAGGAAGAUAAAAGUGUUUGCUGCAGUGUUGUGGUAUCUGAUGAUACUUUAUUAACUACAAAUAGAAAAUCAUGUACCCAGGAGAUAGCCAGCAAAUCAACUGAAUAUGAUCUAUCAGUUAGGGGCACAGAUAUCAAGAACUGUAAAGGAAAUGGAGACCAACAGGUUCAAUUGUCAAUCACAGCCCAGAAUAGCAAAACUGGAGAGGGAAGUAGCACAGUGCAGCUCACCAAAAUUCAGAAGACUGGAGUAAGUAGACAUGAAUCCCCAGGCUGUAACCUACAGCCUGGUUUCAAUGAGCCUGAAGAAAUGUUUCAAAUAGAUACGUUUGAAAAUGGUUUCAAAAAUAAUUCAUGUCUUAAUGGCAAAAUAUAUGCUGAUUGUGUGAGUGAAACAUCCAGCGCAGCAAGUGAGUUAGAUGAGACUGAUUACGAGGUUCAAAAGUUAACUGCUUUGGCCUUUCGAAGUUUGUCCUGUCUGAAUGAUGAUUACCUUGACAUUUAUAAUUCUAGAGCAUUCAUUGAUUUUUCAUCACCUUUGUCAGAGGAAAUCCACAAAACAAACAGAUUGUCAACUUGUAUUGGGUUAGACUAUACUGGUGUAUUUGACAGUAAUGAGUGCUCAGAUUCCAGCAACACAGCUUGUGCUUUACAUGCUGAAGCUGAAGAAGGCAACAUGGUGUUACUUGAUGAUUCACUUGACAGAGUACAGUGUGAAUGUGUUGACGUAGUUGUGGAAACUCAAGACAAAAGUAAAGAUUUUAGAACAAGCAGAACAGUCCCAAAACGACAAAUUGAACUUAGAAAACGACAGAGAAGUGAAUUAAAAGUCUUUACUUCAAGAGGUGCUAUUAAUUCCUGUGUCUGUGUUGAUCCAGCAGUUGAAACUGAGAAUAACGAGGAAACUUCAGAACAUUUGCAAAACUGUGAAAAUAUGCCCCAUGUAGAAAAUGCAAAUAUGAAAGAUGAAGACAGUAUUGAUAAACAACUACAAAGAGCAACAUCCACAGAUGGACCUUUGACAAAGAACAAAUUUGCAUCCUACCUUCUCACAAACGUGAUAUCCAAGAAAAUGCAGUUUGAGCAAGGUCUCAAAAUGGAACAAGAAUUAGAUAAGAAUACAAACUCUGCUAUCUCCCCAACCUUUGUGAAAAAGGAGGAUUUUGACGUUCCUACCAUAGUUUCACAACAAAUUCAGCUUGAAGGUUCUACUUCAAAAUCUGAACCUGUCAACUUCACCCAAGGCAAUUUCGGAAAGAACAGCUGUGAAUUAAAUGAUACAAAUAUUGAGGAAAAUAGAAAUGUGGGACAAAAACACAGUUGUUUGGAGUGUGAAGGUGGUUUAAAUUGGGAUGGGAAGAAGAACACAAACACCCUCAAUUGCUGUGGAACCAAUGUAUCUAGAAAUUGGAGUGAAAGUAAUACCGACAGCCAAAAUGAACCUAUGGCAGACACAACAUUUGAAUUGAAUCCUGAGAAACCAUGUCCCAUGUUACAUGACCUUAGUACUAAUGCAUCCAAGCAGGAGAAGAAUAUGAAUGCACCACGUGUUUCAGAGGGUAAACAUACAGAUUACAUCUCACAGGCUACUGAAGAAAAAAUGACAUUAAAUGACAGAAUGCAAAGUGAACAGACACCAUAUGAAGAUAGAACAAGUGACAUUCAGUCAGGUAACAUCUCAUGCAAAAUCAAUGCACCAAGUAAUAUUCUUGUGUUAAAAUCUCCAGAGAUGCUUCACAACUCUCAAUUAACAAAUGUGAAACAAACUAUCCCAUUUUGUAUUGCCAAAGAAAUUUCUCCUACUAUGGAUUCUAACACUCAUGGCCUUGACCUUUUGCAUCAGGUUCUCCCUACUUCAUUUAAAUUAGAAUCUAAACUGGAGCAAGAAAAAGUUUCACAGCCUAAUAUAAAAGACAACAUAACCAUAAAAAACAAAACAAAAGACCUUCCUUAUCAUGUCAGGGAUGUGAGAAAACUGGUUCAAAAUACUUGUAGUGCUUUGACAUUCUGUACUGCCAAGGCUAAAUCUGAUGUACCAGAGGAAGUUCACAGUCCUUCGAGUUUCGAGCAAUCAUUUUCAGAAACACAGCACAAACCAUCACCAAUUUUCAUUCAAUGUCAAUCAAUAAGCAGGAAAGCUGCCAAAGAUGAUAACAGCUAUUCUACAGUUGACAAGAAAUAUUGGACCUGUACAGGAAAUUCAGAUGCUUCAAGGAUAUUUUCCUCUGACUUCCAGCUACCUAUUCCAUCUAAUAAACAAAAAAGCCAAGUAAUUUCUGCUAAAAGGAUAGGUUGUAAAAAUUACUCUAUAAAAGAGAAUGCAAAUGAUCAUUUGACUUGUCUCACUUGCGAAGUAACGUCUGAAAGGAAAAUCCAAGCUUUAUCGAUUUCAAAUAAUCAGGAGUCUGGAUUAUCAUUUAUGAAAGUCCAACUUGGACUGGAGAAUCAGAAAAACUGUUCAACUAAUUUUGCGCUAAAUAGUGAAAUUGCUGAUUUGGUUCCUGGAAAAGGUAAACAAACUAGUGAAUUCCAGGUAGGAUUAGAAAAUAUCAAUACCCAUUUAUCAAAUUCUACCACAACUACUGAAGAUUCUGAAAUAUCAAUAAGCAAAUUGAAGCUAAAUAGAGACAUUAACCGUGAACUAGAAAAUGAAAAUGAAUUUUCAACAAAGUCUAAUUCAAACAAUGAAGAUAUUUCCAUGGCAUUUGAUAAAAAUGAGCCAAGAGGAGCAAUUCCAGAUAGAACGCAAGAUAAAACCACGCUAUUAAAGCAUUCACCCUUAAACAGAAAUAUGGACCCUUCAAAAAGAAAGCAUGAACCUAAAAAGGGUGUUCAAGCCAAGCUGGAAGUUCAAAAUAAUCAGCUAGGGAUUUUUAAUUAUAAAAAUGAGCAUGUUGAGCUGUCCCAUGAAAAAAACUAUCCUCAAAAUGAUAUUCAAGUUAAUUUGAAGAAUCAAAAUGGACUAUUCCAUAAUUCAGAUAUUAGCAACAAAGACUUAUCAUGUUGGAAAGGUGACCCAAAUAAUGAUAUUAAAAUGAGAUUGGAAAAUCAAAAUAAAUGUUUAAGGAUAUCAACUUCAAAUGAUAAAGAAACUCAAACACUACCAAGAAAAGGUAAACAUAAGAAAGAAAUUCAAUUUAGAUUGGAAAAACAAAAUAAAAUGUCAGAAACCUUAACAUUAGACAAUGAAGAGGCCAUACUGUCAUGUGAAAAGCAUGAGCUGGAAAGCGAACUUCAAGUCAGUUUGGAAGCUCAGAACAAAUUGUUUGAAAAUUCUACUCUUAAUGUAGAAAGUACCAAUUUGUUGCUUGAUGAUUCUAAAGGCCGGAUAAAACUUGACCAGGAUAAUCAUUCUGCAUUGGUUUUGAAAACUGAAGAUAAUAAUAUAUUACCGGACGUAAAUAAGCAUAAAAAUGAGAUGCAAAUAGGGCUGCAAGAUGAAGCUAAACCUUUGUAUGAUUCUAGUUCAAACAGCAAAUUAUCACCUAUAAACUGUAAUCUUAAAGGAGAGAUCCAUGAGGUAAUGGAAGACCAAAACAAUCUGUUAAGUCAUUGCACGCAGAACAAGAACAAGAACAAGGAAGAAUUUAAAAUUGAACAUAACAGCCAAAAAGACACAGGCAAAGUUGAAAUUAUACCAACAACAGAAAAAGUUGGUUUAACAUUCAUAAGCAAAUUACUGCCAUUCAAAGAUAACAAUACAAUUUCAAUGGUUUCUGAGGAAGAAAGAAAAAGUGCUACUGAAGAUUGUUCAGAAUCCAGGAAUAGUGAAGUUGUAGAUGAGCAGCUUUCAUCUGUGCAGGUCCAACUCCCAAAUGACACCAAUUUAAUACCAGUCAAUACCAGAGAAAAAAGUGCUGUUUCUGUGGAAUCAUCAAAUUGUCCAGAAACUAUUAACAUUUCAUCAAAAAACUCACUUCAAGAAACUGAAACCCAUGGUGAUGUUCAUGGCAAAUCAACGUUUUCAUCUGACAUUCACAAUGCGACAGUUAAUAACCUGAUGGCUUCACAGCCUACUUUGACCUUCACAAAUUUUAAUGUGAAAUUGCUUGAUUCUAUGAAACCUGACGUUAAAUUAUCCACCAAGUCAAUAGGUGACCAAGCCAAGCAACAGCCCUUAGAAAUGAAAACAGUGGCAAUGUGCAAAGCAAGCACUCAAGAAGAAGCAUCUGUAACAUCAGACCGAGUAAAUUAUCUGACCAUUCCUACUAAAGAGCACAAGCCAGAGGCAUCUCCUCAAAUACAAAUUCCUGCUUCUCUUCAACCUGUUAUUCCUAAACCAGGUCAUUGUUCAACAACAGCUAGCCCUCACCAACAAAAUUGGGAAAUCCUGGAUCCUGAUAAACAGGAACAACAGGCAUUUCCUUCAACUGGACAAACCCCAAAUGUUGUGGAAAAGUGUUACAUGGUCCCCCAAUCUCCCCACUUUAUAGCCAAUCCCCAAUUCCCUUGCUUUCAGUACUCUCUAGUGGACAAAAAAAUGCUUAUUGAUCCAGAGACUGGAAAACAUUACUUUGUUGAAGCAUCAGUACAAUCCCCACGUAAAAUGUUGCUAGACCCAGAAACAGGUUGCUAUGUUGAAAUAAUAAUACCUGAGCAAACAUAUUGUGCAGCACCAUUCUCCCCAUAUGUUCUAUAUCCAAAUGCUUUGAGGCCCUCAUACAUACCCAGAAUGCAAUAUUCCAACUUACUUCCGCCACCUUUGGUCACAUACUCUGACCCAUCUCCUGAGCCCCCUGAAGCACAAAUGCAAUCAAAUCUAAAUGGCACAAUAGAAAAGCAAAAUCACAAAAAUAAUACACAAAAGAAUCAAUUAGCUGGAUCUAAUUACAUGGAAAGUGCAUAUUAUAUUCCGACAGGUGUGUCUACAAAUCCUAAUCCAGCACAGACCUCUAUGGAAGUGAUAUGCACAUGCUCAAAGCCUUGUGUAGAAGUUAAAAACAACUCAACAGUCAUUUUGUCACCCCAGCAAAUUUAAGGGAAGAACAACCUGCUGGCUUUACUAUGGAACGGAAGUCAGAAAAUUCUGCAUCAAAGUGAACAAAACAAUAACUUGAAAGGGCAUGGAUUCUCUCUACAGAUGUUCAUUGACUUCUUGUGCAUUUUCUGUUUUUUUUAAACUUACAAGAUGCUUAACAAUUUUUGAAAUCUUUCUUAACAUUUCCCUAAGUAGUAGCCAUACUCAUAAAUUAAAUAAAGAAAUUAUGUUUCACCUA